ACGUUAAGACCGUCUACACUCAGCUAACCAUUGGACAACAUUAAAGCUAGUUCGCAAGCCCAAUUUGAUCUACGUUCACCGCCUAUAACAAUUAGCUGACUAACAUUUCCCCUUGGCGGUUUAAAUACAUUCAGUGGAAAUGUAAUAAAACGUUUUAUUAUUAUAUCAGACCGUAGCGUUUACUAGCUUAAAUUACCGUUGCUAACUUAACAGUUAGCUUGUUAUCGACAAAAGAAUAGCCUUUGCAGACUUUCCUCUUCCGCGCGCUGCCGGGUUCCUGUGAUCUGAUUGGCGCUUUUGCAGCGAGGAUGUUCUACGUGAUUGGGUAAAGCUUAUGUCGAUCAUAUUAAACUCGGUUCCGAUUGGCUAUACGUCUGGUAGUAAAUAACGAUCGGCAUAAAUAGUGACGCUUUCUUCUGGUUUCAUAGAUAAUGUAGUAGUAAUUGUGUUUGCAGUUAAAAAGUUAGACGUGUUAGAUAAAUAUAUCUUCAAAUUCCCCGCUGUAGCAGCUGAAUUUGCUAUCUUAUGGACAAUUUGUGUCGUGCUAGCGUUUGAUUCCAUGGUAACUUUCUCUUGUGGACAUGCCAAGUCAACUCGGGAAGGCCGGUGGAUAGUGUGGUCUUCGUCUUUGUAAGUUAGUUAUGUUACAGUAAGAGCUCAGGGCCAGGCAAAAAUCAAACCCACACUGAAAACACUUUGCAGUGCAUCCUGUCAUGUGAAUCUCCAGUCACGGUCUAAAGCUGUAAUGAAAUCCAGUGGGCCUGUGUUCACAAGGCAGAACCCCUUCCAGCCAGCAUCCAGAGUGGGGACACACUACCACCCAUCCUGCAGCCAGUCCCUGUCAAAGAAAAAGAAAAAAACAGCUUUGAGUCCUGUGCAUUCAAACCAGCGACCCAGUCCACAAUUACACACUCCAGUGAGUCCAGAGAGUCAACAGCUGUUUGAGAAAUCUGACCACCGUUUAGUCGCCACAGAUGGACAACCUGUUUUUGCAGAGUCCUGGCCAUCCACUGACUGUGGAUCUUCUCCAGCCAGCCCCACAAGCUCAUCUGGCUUGGAGACACCCAAAGACUCUGCGAGAGCAAGACAAUCCACAGUUUCCUCAGAGCUAGAAGCUGAGCAGGAUUCAGUGCUGGCAAAGUACAUAGACCGCUUUCGCCAUGGUCUGCCACAGAGUCGAGAGGAGCGCCGGCAGAAGGCUUCUGCUGUUGGAGAGAAUCAGCUGCCUUUUUGGUGGAUGUCACCCUCAUCUAUACCCCCCAGUUCAACACCAACUAAAACAACAGACAAAGAUCCAGUUAUCCAGCCUCUGAUAGAUGACCAUGGACAUGCCAUUUUUAGUCCUGCUGGACAGCGUCAACAUGACAUUUCCCUUUCGCCAUGCAGAGAAUCUCUUACUGUGUGUGCAUUUAAUUUGUCAGACACCUCCCAGGGUGAAUUUGAUGACACAGAGAUACUACACCUUCAAGAAAGGGCCAACAGACUACUGUUGAGAAAUGAAUGUAGUCUGAGCGAUGGAUCUAUCCAUGUCAGCUCAGAGGGCGUGGGUUGCUCAGAUUUCUCUUCUCCAGUCAGUGUAGAUGAACCAGUACGCCAACCUUUGAUUCCCAGUAUAAUCAAAUUUACUACUGCGAAGGCCAGUUCAGACCCAGUUCAAACUGUGUCAUCUCAAAAAUCCAUUCCAUCUCUGGUGCCCCCUACACGCCCAGAAGAAGACAUCUUGUUCCAGUGGCGUUUAAGGCGAAAGAUGGAGCAGGCCAGGGAGUGGCCCCAGACCCACCCCAGUCUUCAUGGUCCCGCAUUUAGCUGGCAGGCCACCAGUGUGAGUCAUCCCUCUGCCAGUGGACAUGCUUACAAGCAACAGCAGAGUACUCAUCUUCCUGAAUUCUCACAAAAAGCUACACAUCCCCAUAUCACUGCUCCCCAGCCAGAAGCCACAGAAGCUUACCAAUUAUGUCCCCCAGCUUCAGGUCCACCUCCCUUCCCUGCCUUUGUUGUCUCUGGCUCCCCUGUCUCUCAGCCCCAGACAAUUUCCCAUGUUCCUGCUCACAUGCAUUUACUCUGUGAUGUCUUGCCCUGUCCGAUCCAGUCAUCUCAUGCCCGCACGCAACGAAACAUUUCACAAAGUACAGAUGAGUCUCAGAGCAAGGUUGUCCGCAAAAAGAGCCAAGUCCCUGGAAAACCAAUGAAUACCUUCACUGAUGAGCCAAUUUGUGAACACAUGCCAUCCCCACCACCUGCUUCAUGUGGAGCUAUAGUAGGAGAGGGGCCUAGUCACCACAAAAGAUCUGAGAGGAACAGGAAAGAGAAUGCCCAGGAAAAAGAGUCAGAGAAGAAAGAGAAGAAGACAGCUAUGUCCUUCAGAAAGCAGAAGAAAUCAUCAAGAUAUAAUGUGGAAAAGGAACAGGCAGAUGGCCCUGGCUCUGCAAACAGGAGUUCUUCACAUCAAAGAGUUCCUAAAAAGGUCAUGCAGCGGGCAGAGCAGCUGCAACAGGAGGGAUGCCAAGAGUUUUCCAGUGAAACCAGUGGCGAUCAUGCACCACCGCAUUCUCCAAUCCACAGUGCCUUAGGACAGGUAGUUUCAGAGGUAUUGUUCCCUACAGUGGACUCAUCUCCUGCAGAAAGGACCCCUGUCUCUUCGGUUUCUCCUCCCUGCACUUCCUCUGCACCUCCACAAUCCUCAGUUCUUCCAUGCAGUGAACAUAACUCUAUGGAGGUCAUUACACAGCUGCUGCAAGAAGCUGAAGAUUCAGAUGAAAAGGAGUUUGAAGAUGAUCCUUUAUUGCAAGUCCUUCGCAAACAGAGAAAAUGGGUAAAGGAGCAGAUCAGUGAAGUGGAUUCUAUGUUGAAUGAAUUCCCGGAAGAGCAACAAGUUACUUGAACACUGUCAAGAAACACUUGAAGUAGUCACUUUUAUUAUUUGUUUUAUAAAGAAAUAAAGUUUAUUUGAACUUUUUAAAAAGAAAUAUGUCCACAUUAAAGAGCUUGGAGAUAUG